AAGGGUUGUAGCAUCAGUUUUGACCACGCCACAAAUAAAACCAUUCACUCCCACCAUGAUGGCCUGGCCUAAGGCCAGAAUGCGGCCUGGUCGUGUACAACUAUUCGCUGCGUCUUUUUCUGCCACAAUGCUUUAUUUCCUCUCGUCGUCGUCGCUGCUGAGUCUCCUGCCAAUCCAGCAGGUUUUGGCCCAGUCCGCGCCCGUCGGCAGUGCCGUUUCCGUGACCGACAGAACGGCGAAAAUGGUGGAGUCGCUUACCGACACUGCGCAACAGACGCGCUCGAUGCUGCAAUCGCUGCUUCUCGCCAAUUCCCAGUCCAUGUUUUCCGUGACCAGUAUGCAGAGGGCGUUGUCCGCGAUGCGGAAACAGCUAGAGCAGCACGACCUGAAUUUAGCGAAGUGCAACGCGGAACUGGCGGAGUUCAAAUCUUAUCAAAUGCAAAAAUGUCUGGGUCUGGAAGGACGCAACUUGUGAUGCAUGUUGCGCAUCAUACAAAGAUCUGUAUUGCGUGACUUGCAAAAGGUGCUCAUUUCUGGCCAUGCUGAGGGGGCAUUUCUCAUGCAGAACAGGCAUCAAAAAGGGGCUGCAGAUCCUGUGAUGCUAGGUCCUGCAUUCCAGACUUGGUGGAGCUUGGAAAAACUUGCAUGACAAAUCUCGGAAUUAUCUAUCUUCCAGACCCAGACAUUUUUGCAUUUGAUAAGUCUGCGACCAAGUACUCGCAACAGACCUGGGCGCAGCAACACCAAAUCAACACGGUGGAGUCGCUGUUGCAGACGAGGGCGAAAACCACGGGGGCGAAGAUGGCGUUGGAGCGGAUGAAGAACUCGAAAAAGCUGUCGAGUAGUAGUGCCAGCACUUUGUCCUCUUCUACUAGCGCCACCACAGAACAAGCCGAAAAGGAGUUGAAGAAUUACCAGUUCAUGCAGUCGCAGCUGCGUUCGGAGUUGAAACAGCUGAACCAGCAGAGGUCCGUGUUGCUGCAGCUGGUGGCCGGAACUUCCAAAACGACGAAAUCGGGGCUGAACAAAGGUGGGGAGAAUGAAGGUAUGAAAAAAUGAAAUGUUUUCAAAUUUUCUGCAGGAUAUGCGAAAAUGUUGUGCGAAUGGGAUGCUAAAAUAUAAUUCAACAUGGAGAAAUAGGCUUACUACUAUGUUUUGCGGCAUUUUUCUCCACAUUGAUUCAUCUUCAUGAGUUGUACAUUAUUGACAGCAGCAGCCUCCGCGAGCACCAAGGCAGCGUUUUUGCAAGUGGAGAAAAAGUUUUCCACCACGGCGAACACGGGCGGGGACGAGAUGGAAGGUGAGCAGGAACAGGAACAGGUUCCGGUGGUUACGAACAACGUGCCGCCAAUGUCGGAUGCGGACCGGCUGGCCGAGCACGAGGCCUUCACGGAGGACGAUGAGUGA